UGUGGUUUUACGUGAUGUCAAGGGGGUGUCAUGCUCUCGGACUUUUAUUCUUAAAUCAUCAAGAAAUAAAAAGCUGGAGCUCCCUCUGCUGAAGAAAUUCAGGCAACUCGGUGGGGUGAAGGAAGCAUGGAGCAGAUUUCCGAUGGCAAGCCCGUCAGAACUUGUGGAGAUAGGUCUUGGGAAGGUGUGAAAGCAUUGGGAAAUGGGCUUUAGGUCUCUUUCCACUGAAUUUUCCAUUGAGUCUUUCCUUAGAUGCUAGCGUUAAAGGUCCAAAUGAGAGCAAAUUAAUAAGCAAAUACACUGUUGGUGCUUUUCUUGGUAGUGCCGUGCACAACUGCAGGCUCUGUUCUGCACAGCAACGCCAGAGCAUCACAGCUUGACCUGUGGAAACAACAGAAAUCCAAAGCAAUUGUAAAUACGGGGUCAAAUUUAGUGGAAGUCUUCUAUUCCUGGGAAUAGGGCCAUCUCAGGAUGUCAGUAGUGCAUGUGGGCUAUAAGUGCUUAAAAUCAAUACAAUCACAUUUAUUUUUAUUGUCCUGGCUCUUGAGGAAUCCUAAGAAAACAGAGAUUGAGAACGGUGCUGGAAACCUGCGUGCCUGGCUGCCCAGCCCAGGAUCAAGGUGAAUGAAUGGCAGCCUGUGUACUCAGAUGCUGCUUUUGGAUGACUCAACAAGGUUCUUUGUGUUGGAAGAUGACCCCACGAACGUGCCCAGAAUGCUCAGCCCGAGAGGAGAAAAUGCAUUUUUGCAGGAUGAAUCCAUUCACCUGGCAGGCUAAGGCUGUGCAGGUGAAGUUUGUUCCAUCUGGAACACCCAGCACUUUGAUUUCCAAAAGCAGACAUGCAGCCUGCACACAAAAAUGAAGUUGUGCACAGUGGCACAGAAAAAGCAUUGUCAGUGCCUCUUUAUUGCUCUGGGCUUGACGAUCCUCCUUUGAUAGAACAGCUUUGAAGCCUGACACCACUGACUGCAGAGAGUAAAUCACUUCUCCACUUCGCUGUGUGAAGUGUUUACAGUGUUUAAUGUAGGGAGGCCUCUCUCUCAUUUUCAGUGGUAUUAAGGAUGAACACGCUCUGAAGAAGAGGAGCACCCAGCCACAAGAGCUAAGUCCUCCAUUAUGAAAAAUAAAUCCCAAGCUCUGAAUGUAUAACAGCAUGUAAAGCAGGCUGGCUCUCUCUACCUUUCCCGCUAAGCUGCUCAUGUUGCAGAAAAAGGGCUUAAAAAACUCCUACCCCUUACUAACAACACAGUCCUGUUCCCCAACAGAAACCCUCCUACCCACUGGCACAGCGUUGCACGUCAUGGGCUGGACAGGAGGCUGCAGAGCCCCAGCAUGGUGCCCAGCUCCCCUCGCUGCAAUCCCAGCGUGGCUCCAGCACCUGGGUUGGCCCCACACUCCAUCCACCACUCCGCAAGCGACCCCCUGGACCACCAACUCAAGCAGCAGUGGGAUGGAAGUCCCUUUCCUGGGGAUUCACAGCACAGAUUGCUCCCUGCAAGAAAAGGAUGAAAAGCUGCUGAGCCUGGAAAAGGAAAUCGGCCGUCUGUCUGCUUUUGAAGCAGAAUCAAAGCAGAAGGAUACGGUGAUAAGGGACCUUCAGGGGGAACUGGCAUCGGUGGCCAAGAGCAUGGCUGCUGUGAGAAAUGACGUGGAGCUGACCCAGAGGCUUCUAGCCUUUGAGGGAGAAAUCAGGGCCAAAACAGAAGAGAUCAAAGCCUUAAAGGAGCAGAUCAGCAACCUGCAGAAGGGCUCGAGUGAAGUUUAUAGCCAUUCCCUUCAGGAAAGAGACCUGGAGAUGAGAAGCCUGAGAAGAGAAAGUGAGAAGCUAAAGAGGGAUCACGCUUUGACCACAGGCCUCGUGACCAGCCUGCAAAGGGAGAUUGCUGUGAAAGAACAGAAAAUUCAGCAGCUCAAGCAAGAGGUGGAAAAAACAAAAAAGGCAAACAGAGAAAAGGACAACCAGCUGGCAGCUGUGUCUGCCAAGUGCUCUAGAAUUAAAGAGGAAAUGAAGCGUGAACUUGGAGAGAGGGAAAUGGCUGCCUACCAAAAACGCAUCGGAGAGCUGGAAUGUGAGCUGAAGGGAUUGCAGGAAGAGGUUCAGAAGUACCACAGUGAGCAGAAAGCCAUCCAAACACAGCUGGCAGAAAAAGUCAAGGUGGAAGAGGAGCUGAAAAGCGCCUGCAAAAGGAAAUCCCUGCAGCUGCAGGAGAUGGGGCGCAGGGAGAGGCUGCUGAAGUCUGAUGUGGAUCGGGCCCAUGGGCAGCUAGAGUCUUUCAAAAGCCAAGUGAUGCGAGUGUGCAGCCCACAAGCAGCAGGAGAGGCAGGGAAGGCCAUCACAGUGCAGCAGGUAGUCAAGAAGGUCCAGCAUAUCUGGGAGGAACACCAACAAAGUCAGGCACGAGAGAAGUGCCUCCAGGAGGAAAUAAGUUCCAAGCUCUCAAAGGAAAAGGAGAUGACUGAAAAUGUGGAGGUGUUCAAAAAAUCACUGCGUGAGCUCCAGGUAUUCCUGAGGGCCUCAUUCUGCAGCAGCAGCUUGAGGAGUGAGCUCAGCAAGCUGGAGGCCGUGCUUGUGGACCCAUUGGUGUUGGACAUACAUGCAGCAGUGGUGGAAAUCACACACGUGGUCCUGUCCUGGCUGCAGGAAGCAGAACUGCUGCUGGCAAACACGGGGCUGGAGCUGCCCACCUCCAAGAAAGGAUUGACAGCUUGUCUCAAGAGGUUGUUGGAAAAGUAUCAGGAAACUGAACGAAGGAAUGAAAUGUUGCAGGCCCAAUUAGAGGGGGUCCAGGAGUCACGGGAUGCUCUGCUGCAGGAGCACCUGGAAGAGCUGAAAGCAAAACACGAGCAAGACCUACAGAUAAAAAUCAAUGAGAUUAUAUUGGGAAAGGAGGAGGAGAAGGCAAAGAUUCUGGAGAGCACUGUUCUGAAGGAGAAGGAGAAGCACAAGCAAUGCUUGGAUGAAGAAAAGAAGAGGAUCCAGGACUUGGAGAGCCACCUGAGAAGUAUGGCUGAGAUAAUUGAAGGGAAGUCCAAAGAGCAGGAGGUGAUGGAUCUCAAACUGCAAGAAGCUGUGCAUGACCUAGAGGAAACCACAACCCGAGAGAUGAUGCUAAAGCAGCAGGUACUCGUGCAAGACGAGCAGCUCAAGAUCCUCCAGGAUGAGAGAGAGGUACUGAAAUGGAAAAUGCAGGAAGAAAUAGCAGAAUAUAAAGAGCAAAUUAAGCAACACUCUCGGACAAUUGUUGCGUUAGAAGACAGAUUGCUGGAGGCCGAGCAGCAGCAAAAGGCACUAAAGGAGGAAAACGUUGUGCUUGUGGAAAGAAUAAAAGGACUUCAGGAUGAUGCCUGCAGGUCUACACCAGGAGCUUCCCAGGAGGCCAGAGAGUCUCAUUGCUGUGGUCUAGAAGAGCUGGCUGCCAUGCAGAGCUUACUCCAGGCCAAAGAGGCUGCCAUUGUGGGAUUAACGAAGGAGCUCUCAGAAACCAGGGCCAGGAUGUCAGACAUGAGAGGAGAGCUCAGUGAGAAGCAGAAGGCAGAGCUGGAGCAGAGCCUGCAUUGCGUGAAAAGCCAGGAGCGUGAGCUGGGCAUGCUCAGGGGGAAGCUGUUGAAGAUGUCAGACCUCGUGGCAAAGAAGGAUCGAGAGCUUCAAGCAGCAGCUGCAGAGUUAAGGGAAGCCCAAGAGGACUGCAAAGCACUCAAGGAUGCAUCUCGACGAAUGGCAGAAGAGCUGGAGAUGCUUCCACAGGCGCAGGCUAUUCCUGCCACACCAGAGGAAUCCUCUGAGCAGGAGCUGGCAUUGGACCUGGCCAACCUGGGUGUGAGAUGCAGAGGCCUCAGGCACGAGGAGACGAUCCAACGGCAAAAAGAAGGCUUGGCGGAGCUCCGGGAGAGGAUCAAGGUGCUGGAGAAGACACAGGCUGCUGCUGUCAUGGGCAGGGCCAGCGAGCUGCUCGUGGUGCAGAAGGCAGCCAUACCAGAGAAGGUCUCCCAGAAAGCAGGACUCAAGGUGGAACCAACUCCACUGCCAGGUGCAGAAUUCAAGUGCAGCAAGUGUCUGGGCCAACUUCCCGAUGGGAGCUCAUGUGGGGCCGUGAGCGUGGAAGGGUUGGAGGACUCAGAGCUCAGCGAGAGGAUGUACCUUGACUUAAUCUGUGCUCUGGGAAGGCUGAUGAAUAUGAAGGAGCUGGAAGGAAUGCAGCCCAUGGAGCAUCUUCCCCAGGAAGAAAGGGAAAAAGUGGGGCAGCAGAGACAGAGAGAACUGGGGCUGUUGUAUGAGAGGAUCAGCAAGCUGAAGGAUCGCCUGGAAAGGAAGGAGGAAAGGCUCCAAGAGUGUGAGACCAGCAUCGAGCAGCUCAGGCUGAACCAAGAGUCCCUGCAAACAUGCCAGGAAGAGAUGCUGAGACUGGAAGAUGAAGUCUACAGGGAAGCAGAAGAGAAAGCUCUGCUGAGAGAGGCUCUGGAGAGGACGAGGGCAGAGCUGGGCCAGGAGAAGAGGUUGAAAAAGGCAGCACGGCAGCGCAAGAGCCUUGCAGAGAGUGGGGAGAAGAGAAAGGAAAAGGAGCUGCCCAACCGUGCUCACUCUUCCAAAGAACGUGGAGGGAAGCCCAGAGCCCAGCAGCCAUCCCUCUUGGUGAAGUCAAGGGAGCGUGUGGUGGGAGAGCUCGAGGUGAUGGGCAGCCCAUAGGAGCAGCACCACGGGGACGUUCUGCUCACAGAGCUGUACAGCGAGGAACUGUGUUGGGGUUGGACGUGGCACCAUGUAGGCACGUAUCGGGGGGAAGAACACCUAUGUGAGGCCAUCCUACAGUGACCAGGACUGCUGGAAGGACCGUGACAUGCCCAGGGCCAAAUGAUCCUGCAGGAUGUGUAUUGUAGAGCUUAGGGAAAGCAGCAGAAGAAAGCUUAUGUGAAUACAGCCAGAAUGUGUGGGUGAA